UCUGAAACACCAACGCGUUUUUUCUCAAACAAAAAGGGAAAAAUCCACACUGUCCCCUUCUCUCUCUUCUCUCUCUCUCCUCUUCUUUACUCUUUUGUGGAGAGACUGUGUGACUAGAAGUACAAUCGAAAAGCAAAAAAAAAAAGCAACCCCAAAUUAGGGUUACAGUUUAGGGUUUUAUGCUCCACCAACACAGAGGACGAGGGAGACAACUACGGGUCCGGACUUUUCGGGCUCCGAUAAUGGGUCCUUCUUCUUCUUCUUCUUCUCUCCUCCAAUGGCGGCACCACCACAUUCACAAGCCGCCAUUGAAGCUCUUGAUUUUCCUCUGCGUUCUCCUCUCAGCUCCAAUUGGACCCGUUUGGGGCUCCGAUUCCGACAAAUCCGCCCUAUUGGCGUUCAAGGCUUUACUUUCGGACCCUCUCGGAGCGCUGAGCAGCUGGGAUUCGAAGAGCCCGGAUCACUGCUCGUGGGUCGGGGUUUCCUGCGGGUCGGGUUCUCGGGUCGUGGCUCUGAAUAUCACCGGUGGAGGUAAUUCUCUGUCUUGUGCUCGAAUUGCUCAAUUCCCACUUUAUGGGUUCGGAAUUAGGCGAACUUGUUCUUUAGCCGGCGGUAGUAAAGUUAAAAUCUUGGGUAGAAUUUCUGCUGCUGUUUCUGAGCUCACUGAGCUCAAGAUUCUGUCAAUGCCGUUCAACGAAUUGAGCGGCGGAAUUCCUGCGGAGAUUUGGGGGAUGGAGAAGCUCGAGGUUCUUGAUCUCGAAGGGAACUCGAUUUCCGGCUCUUUGCCUUACAGUUUCACCGGUUUGAGGAGUUUAAAGGUUCUUAAUUUGGGAUUCAAUGAGUUGUUUGGUGCAAUACCGAGUUCGUUAUCGAACUGUGUAGGCCUACGAAUCUUGAAUUUAGCUGGCAAUCGAUUUAACGGAUCAAUUCCAGGGUUUGUCGGUGGGUUUCAAGAUUUGAAUGGGCUUUACUUGUCUUUCAAUCUACUCAGUGGAUCGAUUCCGGUUUCUAUUGGCAAUAACUGCGAAAAACUCGAGCAUUUAGAGAUAUCGGGGAAUUAUUUGACCGAGGCUAUUCCGAGGAGCAUAGGCAACUGUAGAGCGUUGAAGACACUUCUGCUGUAUUCCAAUAUGCUGGAGGAGGUUAUUCCAAGCGAGCUCGGUCGGCUGAGUCAGCUCGAAGUUCUGGAUGUUUCUAGAAACAACUUCGGCGGCGUCAUACCGUCUGCGAUUGGCAACUGCACGAAACUGUCUGUCCUUGUGUUGUCCAACUUGUGGGACCCUCUUCCGAAUGCUUCGAGUUUAGGAGAGAAAUUGGCAUUCACUGCUGAUGAGUACAACUUCUACGAAGGCACGAUUCCGAAUGAGAUCAGCACACUAUCGAGCUUGAGGAUGGUGUGGGCCCCUCGAGCAACUCUCGAGGGAAAAUUUCCCGAUAGUUGGGGUACUUGCGGCAAUUUGGAGAUGUUGAAUUUGGCUCAGAAUUACUACUCAGGGGAAAUAUCCGUCGGGUUUAGCAACAAAUGCAAGAAGCUGCGUUUUCUUGAUUUGAGCUCGAACAGGCUUAGCGGUGCGAUCAGUGACGAAAUUCCAGUGCCUUGUAUGAAUCUGUUCGAUAUCAGUGACAAUUUUUUGUCGGGCCCGAUUCCCAAAUUUAGCUACGGAUCUUGUGUGCCCAUCGAAUCGAGGAACCCUUAUGAUGCUCCUUCUGCAUAUAUAUCGUACUUCCGAUAUCGAACUCAGAUCGAAUCAUCUUUGCCAUUGUCUGAAAACGGUGGUGAUGAUGAUGGUAAUUUUCUGGUGCUACACAAUUUCGGUUCCAACAACUUGACGGGCCCACUUCAGGCAAUGCCUAUCGCAUCGGAAAUAUUAGGAAAGCAAACCGUUUACGCAUUCCUCGCAGGCAGAAACAAGCUGACCGGAAAUUUCCCUCCAUCUUUCGCCGAGAAAUGCGAUCAAGCAAAGGGCGUCGUAGUAAAUGUCAGCAACAAUUUGUUGACCGGUCAAGUUCCGAUCGAUUUCGCCACAUCGUGCAAGUCACUGAUGCUUCUAGAUGCUUCCGUGAAUCAAAUUUCCGGAACCCUACCCCCGAGCAUCGGCAACUUAGUUUCGCUUCGUGUGCUUAACUUAAGCUGGAACCCUCUGCAAGGUCCGAUUCCGAACAGCCUUGGCCUGAUUAAGGAUAUCGAAUGUCUCUCUUUGGCUGGUAAUAACCUCAACGGUUCGAUCCCCGAAAGUUUCGGACAGCUGUACAAUCUUGAAGUUCUCGAUUUGUCUUCGAAUUCUCUAUCGGGUGAAAUUCCGAAAGGCCUCGCGAGUUUGAGGAAGCUGUCGGUUCUUUUGCUGAACAAUAAUAAAUUAUCAGGUCAGCUUCCGUCUGAGCUGGCAACAAACGCCUCCACUCUCUCGACUUUCAACGUCUCGUUCAACAAUCUCUCUGGAAAUUUGCCUCCGAACAACGAUAUGCUCAAAUGCAGUAGCUUUCUCGGAAACCCGUUUCUCCAAUGCCCUAUUUUGUCCUUAUCUUCGAACCCCGUCGAUCAAAACGGAAGAAUCGGCAACCAAGAUUCUUCCUCUUCUUCUUCCUCAACGGAUAGAAGAAGGGAAGAAAAAUUAAACUCGAUUGAGAUUGCUUCGAUAACUUCGGCAGCAGCCAUUGUAUUCGUUCUUCUUGCCUUAAUCUUCCUCUUCUUCUACACGAGAAAAUGGAAACCGAGGUCUAGAGUGACAAACGGAGCUUCUUCUAGAAGGGAAGUGAUCACCUUCACCGACAUAGGGGUCCCGCUAACCUUCGACACAGUCGUACGCGCAACUUCGAAUUUCAACGCUAGCAACUGCAUCGGGAACGGUGGCUUCGGCGCGACAUUCAAAGCCGAAAUAUCGCCAGGUGUCCUAGUCGCGAUAAAACGCCUCGCGGUAGGACGGUUCCAAGGCGUACAACAAUUCGACGCGGAGAUCCGAACGCUCGGCCGCCUCCGCCACCCGAACCUCGUAACUCUAAUCGGGUACCACGCGAGCGAAACAGAAAUGUUCUUGAUAUACAACUAUUUGCCUAGCGGCAAUCUCGAGAAAUUCAUACACGAGAGAUCGAACAGAGCAGUCGAUUGGAGGGUUUUGCAUAGAAUCGCGUUGGAUAUAGCCCGUGCACUCGCGUACCUACACGAGCAAUGUGUGCCACGUGUACUUCACCGAGAUGUAAAGCCGAGUAACAUUUUAUUGGACGAGGAAUAUAAUGCGUACUUAUCCGAUUUCGGUCUGGCGAGAUUGCUCGGUACUUCGGAGACCCACGCGACGACAGGUGUCGCCGGUACUUUCGGGUAUGUGGCGCCCGAAUAUGCAAUGACGUGUAGGGUUUCAGAUAAGGCGGAUGUUUAUAGCUAUGGGGUGGUUUUGCUGGAGUUGAUUUCGGAUAAGAAGGCGUUGGAUCCUUCUUUUAGUUCGUAUGGGAAUGGGUUUAAUAUUGUGGCGUGGGGGUGUAUGCUUUUGCGGGCGGGCCGGGCGAAGGAGUUUUUCACGGCCGGGCUUUGGGAGGCGGGCCCGCAUGACGACUUGGUGGAGGUGUUGCAUUUGGCGGUGGUGUGUACGGUUGAGUCGUUGUCGCAUAGGCCGACGAUGAAGCAGGUUGUGAGGAGGUUGAAGCAGUUGCAGCCUCCUUCUUGUUAGGACUUAGGUGGAAAUAUUUGAUUUGUUUUUAUGAGAUUGUAGCUCUCUACUUGUAAAUUGUAGUCAUAGUUUUAGUUCAUUUUUAUGUUGUGGAUUUAAUGAUAGUGGUUUUUUUUUAAAUUAUUAUUAUUAUUUUUUAUUUUUAUUUUUAGCUGCAGAAGAAUGCAGAUGUUUG